UACAUAGUUUCAUCCAAGUCUUCAUCAAGAAGAUAUAAUAUGGGAAGCUUGGAAGAGGAACAGCUGGUUCAAAUGGUUCAUGACUUCAUAGAAUCAGAACCAUCUUCACCCAUUCUUUCUUCUGUCUCAAAUCAUCUUCCAUCUCAGAUUUCUACUUUACAGGAGAUUCUUAGGAGUGGGACAGAUUUUGAGAGAGAGGUUAUGGAGAUUGUGUUGAAGCAUAUCAGAAGCAAAAGGGAUGUCCAAAGAAGUAGUGGUUUGAAGAAAUGGCUCAAAAUGAAUGGUUUUGAUGCUUCUUUAUGUCGAACUUGUUGGGUUUCUUCCUCAGGAUGUCCUGCUGGUGAUUAUGAGUACAUCGAGAUGGUAAAGGAGAACGAAAAUGGUGACACUGAGAGGUUCAUAGUAGACAUAGAUUUCAAGUCCCAAUUUGAACUGGCAAGGCCUUCACCAACUUACAAGGAGUUAACAGACGCGCUUCCAUCCAUCUUUGUUGGAAGUGGAGAAAAGCUGAGGAAUGUUAUAUCAGUGGUUUGCUCCGCCGCCAAACAAUCGUUUAGAGAGGCGGGACUCCAUCUACCACCGUGGAGGACUACCACCUACGUGCACUCCAAAUGGCUUUCUGCAACUCGUAAAGUCGGUGGUUGUGGCAGAGCAGAGGGGGAACAACCUACACCGAGAGGUGAAGUGGUGGGUUUAGGGAAAUGGGCACCUCCAACUCCAAUGGUAAAGCCGAAGGGGCAGAGAAGGGAAUUGGGUGGGGGUGGGUCUGCCUUGUCUAGUCAGUUUUCAAAUACGGGCAUCAACUGCUGCUGAUAUAUAGCCAGAUUGCUUCAGGGUUCUAAA